GAUGACAACUAGAUUUGCCUAUCUUUUCGGUCGAUCUCGCUUUCUCCCCGGUCUCCACCGUUUCCUAUCUUCUUCACUGUUAUCCCUCGAUCAAACUGCCCCUCGCGCCAAGCUCAUCCCCUAUGCGGACCAAGUAUCUUGCAUGUCUUCCGUUCUGACAAAAUUCGUCACCUACCCUACUGAAGAAUUUCACACACUCAUAGAACCAUUCUUGAAACCGGAGUUUGUGGAAGAGCUUUCCGUUUUCAAAGAUUACUCGCUUCUCGUUCGAUCUUCUUGCCUUAGUAUCAUCAAGGACUUGCUAGACGUACGAUCACUACAAACUGGCACGAAUUCCGCUCCUCUCCGCCUUGGGGCUAAUUUUGUUCCUCGUUUCUUACUCUACGGGCAGCCCGGUACUGGAAUAUCGGUCAUUCUUUCUCAAGUUGUCCAUUUCGCUGCCACAAAUGAUUGGCUCAUUGUACCAUUUCCAAACGCUGAAACGUGGCUAGAGCGAUGCGAAGAUCUGACACACAGUAACGAACUCCAUCAAGAACAGUAUAAAACCGCAGACGGAGAGUCCUUUGAUUUUCCAAGUCGUUCAGCUAAUUGGCUUCGUGGCUUUCUCAGUCUUAAUAAGGGUUUCUUGGAAAAGCGUUGUGUACCGUGCCCCAAUCAAGUCACUUCUAAUUUACCUAGGCUUGUUAGUCUACCGCACUGGUGUGACCCACAUUUGGAGGUGGCUUACAGUUCGCCAUCCCCGGUUCCACUUAAUCGCUUGUAG